AUGGCUUCUUGUGCCAUCUCAAACACAAUCCACAUCGUAACCUUCAAGACUUCGAAGACAAUAAGUCCGUACAACGGUCUGUUCGGUUGGAACUUCGGCAAGAAAUCAGACAAUUUCCGGCAGCCGCAGCAACCGGUUUAUCAUGACGACGUCCAAAUUCCUUUCUCUCUUUCAUUAGUAAACAAAACCUUCCUAAAAGGAAAAGAAUUAAAAUGUUGCUACAAGGCAAGCAUUGAUGGGUUUAGUGCAACAAAGUUCCAUGAACGUUGUGAUUUCAAAGGUCCAUGUGUUAUCAUAGCUUACACCAAAGGAAAAUCUUUCAAGUUUGGUGGAUUUAGCCCUGAAGGUUAUAGAAGCACUGAUGAUUAUUACGAUACAUUCGACGCUUUCCUCUUCUAUUGGCUCGAUGAUUGCGAGGAUCCAAUCGUCCUUCCUAAGGUUGGAGGAAGCGGAGCGGCUCUAUUCGAUUAUGCGCGUGGAGGGCCACAAUUUGGAGCUGACGGGCUUCUUAUUGGACCGCCUUUAGCUCCCGUGAUGGGCGGAUUUGCUGGUCCUGAUACGAAUUCGGGGAUAGGUGAUUUGAGGAUGGCUAAAUCAAGAUUGGGUUUGUCAUAUGCUAAGAGGAAAGAUGGGAAAGAAUCUAUCUUUGGAGAUGAAAGUAAAGUUACUCUUGAUGAUGUUUUAGUCUUUUGUAAUCCCUACAUUGCUUCUUUGUAUUAA